AAAGACAAGCAAUAUGUUGGUUUGCGAAAAAAUUUUAUAUUGCUUUAUCGCUUCGUGGUUCAUCUGCGGUUUUGCUAAUUCUACGGUCAAAAAUAAGACCCGAGAUCUAAACAACACCUGCAAAAAAGCAACUGAAGUGAAACAAUUCAGUGAACAAUUCAAAAAGGCCAAGGAAUGCCUAAAAAGAUCCAAAGAAACCUUCGUUAGUUGCGAUGAUGGCGCAAAAGAUUUUCCUUGUGCCAUCAAAACAAAGAGCUCCACCGAAAUCUUAUGGAUCUUACAGUGUAACAAAAACGAGAAAUUACAGGGCACUAAAUUAAUGACUGUACUAGGAAAUAUGAGUACCAAUUAUUCAAAUGCUUGUUGGUGUGAAUAUGCCAGAAAGAACGAAAUUUCAAAAUUUAAGCUUUCAGACACAAUGUGUAAGAAUGUUGCUGAAUCCGUUUGCGAACUAAUAAGGGGCCAGGAAAUUAUGUCGUCGGAAUUUCAAAAAUUCAGAAAGUUACAGAGGUUAAAUAAGAGUCGCAGGAAAGCACUACACCAAUUUAAUGAAGAAAUUAUUAAACAUGUACGCCCUCCUUCCUUUUCCAAUUCAUGGAGACUAGAAAACGGCACUUCGAAGCUGGAAAUCUUCGUUGGGAAUUUCACGCACUUCAUUCAAAAUAAGACAACACCGUACAAAUCUCUUAGGAAGCUAUGCCAAAGCCGGGCAAAUUGUUCUGUGAAAAGGAUUUUCAUGCGUUUGGAUAAUGUCACAGUGAACACCAGCCAUCUGUGGGAUCGCUCUCCCAUUGCCCAAUCUGAAAUCAUAACGUUGGAUUAUAUUGUCAAUGGGAAACUCUUAUCAACGCUAGAAGAAACAAUAUCUUUGAAUUUUUCCAACAGGCUGAAAAGAGUUUUAAAAGAGCAGGUGAAAUGCUUGUUUUUGGACGGAGAGGAAUGGAGCGAUAAGAAUAUGAGUGUUGAUUCAGUCAAUGAAGAUGAUAUUACAUGUUUGACAAAUCAUUUAUCAAGCUUUACAAUGGUUAUUCUUCCAAAAACCGACGAGAUGAGCGCUUCCAAUAAAAAGGCAAUAGAGAUCAUCUAUUAUAUCGGAACUGGACUAUCACUGGCUGGCCUAUUGAUCUCAUGCAUUAUUUAUGCUGUUUUGUUCAAGGAUCUCAAGAUUCUGACGACUAGUCGUCACUUGGUACAUUUCAACUUGCAGAUUGCAUUGGGAUUGACACAGAUUGUUUUUCUAGUGGGGAUGGUUGCCACAGAUGAUAAGGUCGCUUGCAAGGUUGUGGCCAUCUUGGUUCAUUAUUUUUCCUUGGCUUCUUUUGUAUGGAUGCUUCUUGAAGCUGUGAUGCUUUAUUUAAAGCUAAUCUCUGUGUACAGUGGAGAGUGUGUAAGAAUUAAAAAUUUCAUGGUAUUUGGUUGGGGAUUUCCUUUACUAUUUGUCGGCUUAGUUGCUGGAAUAAAAAAUGACAAAUAUGGUACAAAACAAUGGUGUUGGAUGUCUCAUGAAGAAGACUUAUUCUGGGUUGUCUUUGCGCCGAUAAUGCUGGUUGUAUCGGUAACUCUGGUGGUUGUUAUUGCUGUGGCUCGUGUAGUGUUUCUUCUUUCGAAGUCGACAUGCACCGAUAACAUGAAAAGGAUAAUCUCUGCAGCACGCGGUGUUAUGAUAUUAUUCCCAACUCUUGGUCUUUCCUGGGCUUUCUGUGUCAUUGCACUCUACAGUGAUUUCAUAGUAUGGCAAUAUCUCUUCGCAAUUUUUUCAUCGCUGCAGGGAUUUCUCAUCUUUCUAUUCUACGGAGUUUGCAACACAGAGCUUCGGGUGGCAAUUGGUCGGAAAAUGGGUUUCAACGUCAACGCUUCCUCUACCACGACAUAAGGCAGUUCAAAAAUCAAACCCAAGAUCUAAACAACACAUGCAAAAAAGCAAUUGAACUUAUUGAAGUGAACAAGUUCGGUAAAAAAUUCAAAAAAGUAAAAGAGUGCAUCAAUAGAACCAAAGGAAUCAAACAAAUCAAACGAAUCAAACGAAUCUUGGUUUCUAGCGAUGAUGGCGAAGAAAAUUUUCCUUACUCUAUUAGAAUAAAGAAAUGGAAUUCCACCAAACAAAUCGUUCCAGCCACGUGGAUCUUGGUGUGUAACAAAAGCGAGACAUACACAAACACUAAAUUGAAGAGUGCAUUGCAAUUAAGAAAUAUGAGUAUCACUUAUUGUGAUGUUCGUUGGUGUGAGUAUGCCAAUAAGAAACAAUUUAAAACCUUUAAUCUUACAGGUAAGAUUAUAAUUAUUCGUGUGUUAAGCCUUUUUCCACUAUAGGCGAAUUUAUUCGCGCGAAAUGAUAAAAAGUUGGAAACAACUUUACUUUUUCGCGGCGAAUUCUUUCCCAAACCAAUCACAUCACCGGAUUUUGGAUAUCGCGAUCUUUGGGUCACGCGAAUUAAUUCUCCUAAAGUGGGAAACGGGCUUUAUAGGCUAUAUCUUUCCAUGCAUGCACAGAUAUGUUAGAUCUGAGAUUAGUAAAUAUACAAAUAUCUGCGCUGUAUGGUGCAAGUUUAAAAGGUUUCAAGAUGCAUGGUGUACGUUUGUCGUGUUCCUGAUGUUCCCGUUUUCUUUUCUAUUCUUUUGCCUGUCAACAUGCUUUAAUUUCAGGCACAGAUUGUAAGAAAGUUGCUGCAUCGGUGUGCGAACUAAUAAGGCGCCAGGAAAGGUUGUUGUCGGAAUUUCAUAGAUGUUUUGGGAGAAAGUGGAUUGAGAAGAGCAGAAAACCCGGGAAAUGUCAUUUCAGUCGCAGGAAAGCACUACGCAAAUUUAUUAAAGGAAUGAUUAAACUUGUCCGCCUUCGUGUCUUUUCCAAUUCAUGGAGACUACAAAAUGGCACUUCGAAGCUGGAAGUCUUCGUUGGGAAUUUCACGCAGUUUCUUCAAAAUAGAACAAUACCGUUCAAAUCUCUUAGGAAGCUAUGUAAAAGACGGGCAAAUUGUUCUGUGAGAAGGAUUUUCAUGCGUUUGGAGGACGUCACAGUGAACACCAGCCACCUGUGGGAUCGCUCUCCAAUUGCCCCAUCUGAAAUCAUAACGUUGGAUUAUAUUGCCAAUGGGGAACUCUUAUCAACACUAGAAGAAACAAUAU